AUGGUGGGGUAUUCAGGAGUCCAGAUGUGAGGUGGCCUCGCUGGCUGCCUGUUUACAUUUCACCGCUAAUGGGAGCAUAUUUUUAACCGCUGCCUUUUUUUGUUCUCUGUGCAGGUGCUGGAGAGUCGGGGAAGAGCACUAUUGUGAAACAGAUGAAGUAAGUAGAGCUGCCUGCCUGGCUCCUCAUUGUUUUAGUUGUUUUGCUGCUGUUCCUGUCAAGCAUGAGCAAUUAACCCAAUAUCGCAACCAGACUCUGUCAUUAUCAACACAAGCAGACAGGGACAGUACAUUCUUAAGCUAGGUUCCCGGAAUCCUCUACAUAUCCUUUCUCCCAGAGUCCAUGCCCUCAUGCUAUAUACCUACAGUCUGAAGCCUGUUUCUUUCUCAGCUGUUACAUUCGUAUGGGUUAGAGGCCUCCCCAGGAAUGGACAGCCGUCACACACACACACACACACACACACACACACACACACACACACACACACACACACACACACACACAGGCAGCUGUAUCUUCCCCCACAUAGCAGCAGAUAAAUACCUAUGGACUGGAGGAGUUUCUCUCACCAUGAUUAAGGCAUUAACACUCUCCCUGCUAACUGAUAUUCCAAGCAGCUACUCUGACAGUAAAGUAUGCAGUUAGCUUAAGGCAACGCUUUACAGGAUGCCCCCUAUUAGACACGCUGGAUCAUUUAGAACAUAUAGAGAGGAUACAGGUUAUUAGCCCCUGGUAGCAGAUCUGGACCUGUAUGUUCUGUAUCACUCCUUUGUCAUGUUUGUUGUCAUACCAAACUGGCUGGUUGUAUUAUAAUACCCCCUUCACCUGUCCUUGGACCAUGCAGGUUUUUACAGGAGCGGCUCUGGAGGCACUGUUGUCUCUGUAUAGCCCCGCUGCUCAAUCUCACAAAUGAACACGCACUUAAACACUCAAUCCCUCUCACGGACACAAGCGCGGACAUUCAUGAACACAUACACAGAUGUUACUACCUGGAAUACCGAAGCACACACACCUACUCUCCCGACACAUGCAUACAGAUCCAUGCAAGCACACACAAUGAUCCGUUAUAUAUACACUCACACUCUUCACUCGAUGGUUUAAUUAUUCCUCCAUAUUUUUCUGGACGUGCCGUGCUUUCAAUACAUCUUUCAUCUACUCACACAGACCACUUCAACUGACGCUAUUAAACCAUUUCUCUCUCACACAUACACCCCCCCCCCCCCCCCCCCCCCCCCAAAUGUUGUAAUGUGCAAACACUUUGUCAAAACAGUCCUGAUGAAAUCUCUUUCUACGUUGCCCCUUAGAAAGUACCUUAUUUUCACUUGAAAAUGAUUGUAAUUGUGUUCUGUUUAAAUAACUUCAGGGCUCCACUUACAAGGAAAAGGCUUCAUCAAGAUUUACUCGGAAUUUCAAAAUUGAACUUAGAUUUCAGGAUAUGAAUCUGCCGUGGUUCUUCUUGACUAUUACCCUUAUUAAUUUGCAAUAUCAUCCGGUUCUUGGAAAAUGUCUCUGCAUGAAAUCUAAUGAGAUAUUUUUGGGAAUUACGUUUUUGUUAAAUUGGACAUGACUUUACACAACUAAAUCUCCCUGGCCCACAUCCAACCUCCCCAGCCAGCGUGGAUCUUAGAUAAGAUUUAGUGUAUCUGUUUCAAUUGAAGUUGAAAAAAAACACUUCCGUGGGCUCAUUCUUUAAGUCUGUGUUGGCCUUCGUCCUAGUGGUCUCCCUUGCAUUACAAUGAGGUUCGAUUGAGAUCGCCUCACAGCCAAUCAGCAGCCAUCUGGAAUUCGCAGGGCCUCACUUUCCCAGAGGGCAUUGUUGUGAAUAGACAGAGAAAAUAUGCACAGCCUAGGGGCUCCUGUCAUGGCCUGGCCACUUUUCACUGUCGACAUCUUUUUCGGUCUCCCUCCAUACUGUAGUCCAUAUUUGUUUUAGUUGUAGUACUCUCCAGCACCUGGCUCUCAGCAGAGACCUGAGCUGCCCCCAAAGCCUCAAACCAGUAACGUCAGUCAUGCAUAGUACCGUAAUCUGUAUAGUACAACCAAUUAUUUAUAUACUAAAUGUGUCUUCUGAUGGCUUGGUUUUAUUUAAAAAAUGAAUGGACAAACAUGGAGAUGUAAACACUGACAUUGAGUGUUAUUGAGCAAGAUUUUAGUGACACCUGCGUUGCUAUAUUUAAGAGCUGCGCUUGUGUGUGCAAGUGUGUCUGUGCAUGUGUGACCCAACGCCCUCUCUUUUUCCUGUGCCUGUCAGGAUCAUCCAUGAGGAUGGCUACUCAGAAGAGGAGUGUAAGCAGUACAGAGCUGUGGUCUACAGCAACACCAUCCAGUCCAUCAUGGCCAUCAUCAAGGCCAUGGCCAACCUCAAGAUCGACUACGAAGACGCAGCCAGAGCGGUAACACACACACACACACACACACACACACACACACACACACACACACAGUGUCUGAGCCCAUCCACCAGAGCUGCCACUGUUCUCUCUUCAUACACUCCACUGCUGCUCCAAAGGCCAACCAGACCUUGAACCGCUCCCACUCUUCUCCAACACAAACUUCUCCACUCUGUCCCUCUUAUCAAAUAAACGUUUGUUGGUCGCUACACAUAUUUGCAGAUGUUAUCGCAGGUGCAGUGAAAUGCUUGUGUUUCUAGCUCCAACAGUGCAGUAAUAAUACCUAGCAAUUAUUUUUUACAAAACAAUAUGCACAUAAUCCAAAAAUAUAUUAAUUUAAUAUAUAUACACACAAACACACACACCGCACAGUUUAUUAAGUACGCUACCCCGUUCAUGAAAAUGCAUCGCUCCUACAGACAGUGAGUCGCAUUUCUGUGGCUGGAUAUAUAAAGCAGGCAGACCGGUAUCGAGGCAUUCUGUUACUGUUCGAUUGAACAUUAGAAUGGGCAAAACGAGUGACCUAAGCGACUUUGAGCGUGGUAUGAUCACCGGUGCCAGGCACUCCGGAUUCAAUAUCUCAAACGGCCACCCUCCUGGGCUUUUCACGCACGACAGACAAUGGUGCGACAAACAAAAACCAUCCAGUCAGCGGCAGUCCUCUGGGCAAAAACAGCUUGUUGAUGAGAGAGGUCAAAGGAGAAUGACAGGAAUCGAUCAAGCUAACAGUCGGGCCACAAACAGGCAAAUAACGUUGCAGCAGAACAGCAUCUCAGAACGCACAACUUGUCGAUCCUUGUCACGGAUGGGCUGUUGCAGUAGACGACCACACUGGGUUUCACUCCUAUCAAUUAAAAAGAAGUGGCUGUUUUGGCGUAUUGCUGCAGAAUGCUGUGGUAGCCAUGCUGGUUAAAUGUGCCUUGAGUUCUAAAUACAUCACAGACAGUGUCACCAGCAAAGCACCAUUGCGCCACCUCCUCCAUGCUUCACGGUGGGAACCACACAUGUGGAGAUCAUCCACACACACACAGUGCGUACAUAUACAGUGCAUUCGGAAAGUAUUCAGACCCCUUCCCUUUUUCCACAUUUUGUUACGUUACAGCCUUAUUCUUAAAUGGAUUAAAUAACAAUCUUAAUCAAUCUACACACAAUAUCCCAUAAUGACAAAGCGAAAACCGGUUUUUAUGACAUUUUUGCGAAUGUUUUAAAAAUCAAAAAACGAAUACCUUAUUUACAUAAGUAUUCAGACCCUUUACUAUGAGACUUGAAAUUGAGUUCAGGUGCAUCUUGUUUCCAUUGAUCAUCCUUGAUGUUUCUACAACUUGAUUAGAGUCCACUUGUGGUAAAUUCAAUUGAUUGGACAUGAUUUGGAAAGGCACACACCUGUCUAUAUAAGGUCCCACAGUUGACAGUGCAUGUCCGAGCAAAAACCAAAGCCAUCAGGUCGAAGGUUUUUCCGUAGAGCUCCGAGACAGGAUUUUGUCGAGGCACAGAUCUGGGGAAGGGUACCAAAACAUUUCUGCAGCAUUGAAGGUCCCCAAGAACACAGUGGCCUCCAUCAUUCUUAAAUGGAAGAAGUUUUGACCCACCAAGAAUCUUCCUAGAGCUGGCCUCCUGGCCAAACUGAGCAAUCUGGGGAGAAGGGCCUUGGUCAGGGAGGUGACCAAGAACCCGAUGAUCACUCUAGCAGAGCUCUAGAGUUCCUCUGUGGAGAUGGGAGAACCUUCCAGAAGGACAACUAUCUCUGCAGCACUCCACCAAUCAGGCCUUUAUGGUAGACUGGCCAGACGGAAGCCACUCUUCAGUAAAAGGCACAUGACAGCCGCUUGGAGUUUGCCAAAAGGCACCUAAAGGAUUCUCAGACCAUGAGAAACAAGAUUCUCUGGUCUGAUGAAACCAAGAUUGAACUCUUUGGCCUGAAUGCCAAGCGUCUCUUCUGGAGGAAACCUGGCACCAUCCCUACGGUGAAGCAUGGUGGUGGCAGCAUCAUGCUGUGGGGAUGUUUUUCAGCGGCAGGGACUGGGAGAUUAGUCAGGAUCGAGGGGAAUAAUGAAUGGAGCAAAGUACAGAGAGAUCCUUGAUGAAAACCUGCUCCAGAGCGCUCAGGACCUCAGACUGGUGUGAAGGUUCACCUUCCAACAGGACAACAACCCUAAGCACACAGCCAAGACAACGCACGAGUGCCUUCGGGACAAGUCUCUGCAUGUCCUUGAGUGGCCCAGCCAGAUUCCAGACUUGAACCUGAUCGAACAUCUCUCGAGAGAGAUCUGAAAAUAGCUGUGCAGCAACACUCCCCAUCCAACCUGAUAGAGCUUGAGAGGAUCUGCAGAGAAGAAUGGGAGAAAUUCCCCAAAUACAGGUGUGCCAAGCUUGUAGCGUCAUACCCAAGAAGACUCUCUAGGCUGUAAUCGCUGCCAAAGGUGCUUCAACAAAGUACUGAGUAAAGGGUCUGAAUACUUAUGUAAAUGUGGUAUUUCAUUUGUUUAUUUUUAACAUUUUAAACAUUUCUAAACCUGUUUUUGCUUUGUCAUUAUGGGGUGUUGUGUGUAGAUUGAUGAGGAAAAAAUACUAUUUUAUCCAUUUUAGAAUAAGGCUUUAACAUAACAAAAUGUGGAUAAAGUCAAGGGGUCCGAAUACGCUGUAUGUAUGUAUGUAACUGUGUGUAUGGACAGUAUAUGAAUAGAAAAGGUGUGUGUAUAGCAGUGGUUAUAUAGGAUGAGCCAUGACUAGAAUGCAAUAUAUACAUGUAAAGUGCGUAAAACAGUAUGUAAACAUUAUAACGUGACCAAUGUUCAAUGACUAUGUAUGUAGGGCAAAGCAGUCUCUAAGGUGCAGGGUAGCCGGCUAGUAACAGUGACUAAGGUUCAGGGACAGGGUACUGGGCGGAGGCCGGCUAGUGUUGACUGUUUAGCUGUCUGAUGACCUGGAGAUAGAAGCUGUUUAUCAGUCUCUCGGUCGCAGCAUUGAUGCACCUGUACUAGUCUCUAGUCCAGCUCUAGUCUGUCUGAAGUGAGACCGGGGAAAUUAUCUGGCUCAAAUAUCACUUCUUCCUGGAGUGCUAAGUGCCAAUAGCACCCAGACAGUUUAGAGUUUCGAGUAGUAUAGCCUCCCAGACCUUUGUAUGAGGUGGAGUGAGUGCCAUAAAGUGAUGUGCCAUGUGUACUCAGUCCUGCUGCCCAUGUGUGUGUCAUUAGAUUAGAGGGACCACUGCAGAGCUGAGCUGCCUGUCUGGCCAGUGGGCACUACUGAGAGAGAUGACACAGCAAUACAAAACAAUCCAUGUGUUCUUAGUAAGAGACAAUUUAGUCAUGCCCCCCAUGUUUCUCCCAAAUAUGAUUUACAGAUCCUCUCUAUGCAGAUAGGAAUCUUAUGAAAGAUUUGCCUGUCCUUUUUAUUACCAAACUAUCAAGUAUUAAUAGCUGAGCAAUUUGUCCACUCUCUUUAAAAUGUCCAGGAUUUGAUUUAAUCAAGUGUUGAGAUAAAGACCUUAUUGUGUACUACUUGCCAGUACUACUUGCUAGUGGAGACGAGGUAUGGAGAGAGCAGGGUGUUCCCCAAUUGGAGGUAGCUAGCUCUGCAAGACAUAUUACUGCUACAAAUCUCUGCAGGUCUGGCAGUGUCUUGAAUUAAUUUACAAUCUUAAAUACAUUUCUCUCCUCCACCCCCAUAACCACAGAUGCCCAGAGAGCCUCAAAUAGCCCGUUUCACAGAUUUAAGUCAAAUAGACAGAUUUUUCACACAGCCUGAGGGGAUGCAAUCAACAGAGAAAUAUGUUUCACAAGACCCCACAUAAGUCUCUGCAGAACGUGCUGGAGUGAGAGUGAAUGAGGGAGAGUUAGGUGGUACGGUAAAGUAAUCUUGUUUAUGUACUCUUAUAUAAUGAUUUGCCAAUGUUUGAGUCCUAAAUCUGUCAUUAAGUGACAGUAAAAGGUAACGAGUGGGAGAGCGAGCAGAGCCAGUACACUGUCACAUCCACUGAUGGAAGACUGUCCCCUCAGGCCCUCGUUUACAUAACACACACACACACACACACACACACACACACACACACACACACCUCUCUCGCCAUAUUACCGAUCCUGAUCAACAUAAUGAAUUCAGAAUGAUGUUGUAAACAGGAAGACGGGCUACAUCCUUCUACAAUGAGCUUUGUGGAUUAUGCUGUUCUACUAGCUACAAGCAGAGCCAUGUAUUUAGAUGUAUGGCUCUGGAGUCAUGGAAGCUUGCAGAGGAAAUGCGCACUCAUGUACCUAGAACUGUUCCAAUAUCUGGACUGAGGGAUGUCGCUUAAGAUUGCUUUGUGAAGCAGUAGAUUUGGAUUUAUCAUAGUAAAUGUUAGGCUCUGUUGCCGUACCUUUUUUUUAUUUCAUUUAGGUGAAUAGUUGCUCUGUCUUUGAAGAUAGUGGUUGAUAAAGCGUUUUACAUUGUAUGGGGUAAUGCAUCUCAUUCACUACCAAUGUGCAGCACCCACACUGGAAUGGAGUACGAAUGGGCUGUAAGAUUAUUCCUGUCUCAGACCCAUCUGUGCACACACACUCACACUACAGCUUGCUCAUCUAAUCCCGCUCCCUGUGAUUGUGUAGUGCUGGAGGGGACAGGGCUCUCUCGCUAGUCCGCCACUGCAAUAUACAUUAUAUAUCAGCUGUAUUCACUGCUGCAGCGGCUAACUCUGCCAUGCUAACUUCCUCUACAAAGCAGCUCCUCGGGGGAAUCUGUAAGAUGGAGUGCUAUUUAAAAUGUAAUGGUGUCUUACUCUCUCGGCCUGAUAGUUUUGGUUUACUACAUGUUCUUUUUAGAUUGCCUUUUAAAAGCCGUUGACUUAAUGUAACAACACAGAUCUGCCUUAGUUUUUAUUUUACACACUUAGGGUUGCGAAAUUCCGGUAACUUUCCCAAAAUUCCCAGGUUUUCCGAAAAUCUAUGUUGGAGGAAUCACGUAAUCCGGAGGGAGUAAGCAGAAAAAACGGAAUCCUCCAACGUGGAUUUCUGGAAAACUGGGGAAUUUAAGGACAGUUACUGUAAUUUUGCAACCAUAUACACACUCCAUUAUUUUCUCUCUAAUUGUGCACUCCUUAAGGGCCCUCGACGGGAGGAAGUGGACUCAAGUGUCAUAGUCUUGACACACUACAGUACAUCCUCCUUCAGUCCCCAUAAAACGAGUCUGUUUAUCACAGACUUUAAUUACAACACUCACUCAAGGUCACACUCCAUUUCCUUUGACCCACUUUAGAGAGGCCUUGAAAUCACCUGGUGUGAGGAGUUGUUUAGAUUCUUCUUCUUAUCACUCCCUUCACUUAUUAACCAGUCCAUGGGCUGGGAGGGGGCUGGACUGGGUUGGACUAGACUGGGCAGACAGGUUAACCAGUUGUAUGGAGCUUAGGCGCACACACCUCUUCCCAGUCAAACAGCUUUUCCCUGGAACGCUUCAAGGCACGGAGGGAGGGUCAAGAGGGGUGUGUGGGCAGUGUGCUAAGCUGAUGUGGGAGCUGUGUAAUCAGUCCUUUUCAUGCUCUGUGUGUGUGUACGUUUUUACAUGUGUUUGUGUGUGCGUGCGUCAGUGUGGGCCCAUGCUAGGGGAAAGCCCUCCACCACAUUCUGUGUGUAAAUCAGGGCUGAGACCUGGCUGUGUCUACAGGUAUAAUUACCUCUGAGUCAUCCUGUUCUCAUGGACCCUUCUAGAGGGGUGCUGUGCCCUGGGAUGCUCCCCUGUGGCUACUCUGAAUGAUUAGUCCCUGUAUGGCUGGCUAGAAUGUGUGUGUGUGGGCGCUGUGUCAGAGUGAGGACAGUCUCUCCAGUGAAAUUGGAUGAUUACUGUGUUUAAUGGUUCUUCAGUUUGUAGUUCAGACUGUCUGAUUGUCUCCUUCAGUCUUAUUAACCUUGAGACCUGGGCCCGGUUUCCCAAAGCAUCUUAAGUUAAUCUUCUGUUAACAGUCUGCUUUACCACUUCCACGUUUAUUAACAUUGAUUAGUUAAGGUGUCAGAGAGGCAUCUUGUCUGUUCCACUUGGUCUGACUCAUUUCUAACCCUGUGUCUGUCUGUCUGUCUGUGUCUCCCCUCUCCAGGAUGAUGCCCGCCAGCUGUUUGCCCUGUCGGGGGCUGCUGAGGAGCAGGGCAUCCUGCCAGACGACCUGUCCAAUGCCAUGCACCGGCUGUGGGCCGACCUAGGGGUGCAGGGCUGCUUCACGCGCGCCCGCGAGUACCAGCUCAACGACUCAGCUGCC